AUGGAAGUCGACUCAGGAUCCGAUUAUUCUAUUAUUUCUGAAGCUACAUACAAGCGCCUAUGGCCAGAGAAGGGCCCAACAAUUCAUCCACUCUCCAUUUCACUACGCGACUUCCAAAAGCAGCCAAUUUCGCUGCGUGGCAUAUGCUUCGUUGAUGUUCAGUAUGGAUCCUUCAGAGAUCCGCUGCGGCUUCUUAUCGCUGAUGGAGAACGAGUGAGUAUGCUGGGGUACGAAUGGUUCACACCAUUAGGUGUCAAGUUGACGGGUGUUCACCACAUGGAUGCCAACCCCAUAGAGCAAGUACUCAACGACUUCCAAAAAGUAUUUCAGGAACGCUUUGGAAAUUACACAGGUCCUGUUGUUUCACUUCCACUAGAUCAUUCUGUUCCACCCAUCCGACUGAAGGCAAGGAAUGUUCUCCUGGCAUUACGUCCGAAAAUCGAUGCUGCACUCGAUCGUCAUAUCGCCGAUAAUGUUAUUGAAGCAACUUCAAAUCCAAAAUGGGCUACUCCUGUUGUUCCUGUCAUCAAACCGUCAGGAGAAUCAACGAUCUUCUUUCAAGCUUGUCUGGUGGUGGCCUGCUAUGCAAAAAUAGACGUCGCACAGGCCUAUCUUCAGCUACGUGUGGACGAUGACGCUGCAGAAGCACAAACCAUAUCAUCACACAUCGGGGGAGUAGUGCCCUAUUUUGACGACAUCUUGAUUCAAGCUGCUAACCAGGACGAACUUGCAACACGAUUGCGUGAAGUGUUACGUCGACUUGCCCGUGCUGGCCUGCGAGCCAGAAAGGACAAAUGCUUGUUUGGUGUGUCCUCUGUAGAAUUCCUGGGGUAUCGUGUCGACGCUAACGGCAUUCACCCUGCAGAUUCCAAGGUUACAGCGAUCCAUGAUGCACCGCGUCUGAACAGCAAGCAAGAGCUUCAGGCUUUUCUUGGUCUGCUGAACUUCUACAAUUCUUUUCUGAAAGACAAGGCUACCGUUGCUGAGCCGUUGCAUCGUCUUCUAGACAAGGACGCAGAGUGGAAUUGGACUCCAUGA